UAUAUUUUACAAAUUUACUAUCAGCCAAUCAGAUUAAAGGAUAAAAGCAGCUUUAAACACUCAUUUUAUUUGUUAUCACCACCAGUUUUAUGAAACCGUCCCGAUCUAAAUCUGAAGAACGACUGCAAGCGACUAACAUUAUUCAUCGUCGGAAGAAGUUGAAGAAAGUUGACGUAUUCUGAAAUGGCACAAAUAAAUCAACCUAAUUUAUCUCUUGAUCGGACCAAAUCUGCCUUGAGGGAUGUGUUAGAGGCAUUUUGCAGUCCCGAUAACAAGGCAUUGAUGGAUAAACAGAAGGAAGCAGCAGGCAAUGAUAUGAUGCACAUGAUGCAUCUCGUCUUUCCAGCUGCGACGCAGAUUCAGAUGGAGGCUAUACAGAAGUAUGGAUUCACACCUGAUGGAGAAGGUGCAAUAAAAUUUGCGCAGACAGUCCGUCAAUACGAAUCCGCAGACAAUGAAAUAGCAGAGAUGGCAUCGAGACUGAAGUCCAUGUUUCUUCCGCCCCUCCCGUCCAUGGCUCCACCCCAAUCCCAAGGCCCUAUGGGGGCAUCAUGAUGAUAUCUGCAACCUUACUACCGGUAAACGCAUCUUAAGACUUUUGGAUACUUAAAGAAUCCAUUGUAAAUGCAUUGAUGAUUGAUGUUGCUUGUGUGGACCUUCCAAUUGCUUGGCAUGAUAGUUCAUACCUAUUGGAUGCCAGGUGAGGGUUUCAUGAAUGGUCUUGUCUGUGAUUUUUCACUGGCGAAUUAACUCUCAUCCAAUCAGAUGCAUGGAUUUCGGUAGCUUAUAACGGUCGGUUAUUGAUGUAAACAGUGAAAAAAAAAUUCUUUUAACAUGCUACCCACUGGAAGCAGAUGGUGCCUCUGCAAACUCUGUCACAAUGACAGAAUUUAGUCGUCACUUGGUGAAAAAGUAUGAAUAUCUGUCUUUGUUGAGGAAAUGCUUCUCGGAUACCAUCUCUAUUGGAAGAUCAUAGAUGUUACCCUAUAAAGAUGUUAGCUCUUAAGCCUGGUUCAGAACCUCUCAUAGUGAGAUUUCCCCAUUUGGGUGAAGUCUUUAUGACACUUACAUAGCAUGCAGAAUACAUAGGGUUUACACUUUUGUCUGUCAACUGAAAGACAGUGAUUAUUUUUUUAAUGGGGUGAAUAUAAGAAGAAGCAGAGACCUUUCACCCAUCUUGAUGGACCGUGUAAAUGUAUUUAUUAGCUUCUGGCAAUCUUCACCUGGCUGACGGUCAGGUUUUCUUUGAAGGACUUCAAAAAGACAUCUCCAAAUCUGGAAAGCAUGAUUUUCUUCCAUUUCUUUGAAAAGAAGAAACCAACUCUUCAUAAAUUGUCUCAUUCACUUGGAUUCUGUUUUAUAAUUUACAUUGAAGCAUAAAAUUUUCAACAUUGAAUAAGACUUUGGUUGUUUUAUUGAUUAUUCCCAAUACUUCAUACUUUGUUGGCUCCAUGAGGCAAUGCUCUUAAAUUAUGAUGGUGCCCUCUUGUGUUGAAAUGUUGAAAAUGUAAGUCAUAUUUCAGUACUUGAUGGAACUGAUUUACACACAAGGACAUGCAAACUGUAAAUCUGAUAAACAUGUAGUGAAACAACAUAACUUAUUGU